UUGGGAGAUUAGCAUGUGAAGAAGGAUAGUAGAGAAGUAUGUCUGUAUACACUUUUCAGUUCAUGCUUCUGGUGGGUAUUGCAGAGGAAGUACCACCAGUAAUUAAAAGACAAAAAUUGCUCUUUUUAAUCUGUGCUGAGCAGGAAUUCUCCUAAUUUCUCCUUUUGGGUACUGCUGGCACUUAGCUAAAAAUAACAGAUAUUCACCCCCUUUUGGCAGGGGAAACUGCUGCCAGUCCUUUCAAUUCAGGAGAGCUCUGGCAGGGUAGGGGGAACCCAGCUGCAGGAUCCAAAGGAUCCAAACCCUGCUGCAGGUGAAGGAGGGAGUACAGCUUCUUAAACCCAGAGGAUGCUGUGUUUCAAAUAUUUUUUAAAGGUCUCCUUUGCAGAAAGUGUUCUGCUAGCAGAGAAGAAAAAGAAUUCUUAAAUUGUGAAGCAUUUUCAGAAGUGUUAAAAGCCAAUAUAAUGUUCUUCGUGAAUAAUUUGCUUCUGGCUACAGUCUGUCAGCACAGUUUGUGACCGUCCUUUGCUCCCAGCCAGGUUCAGGUGUUUGAGGAGAGCUCUGGCCGCCCCCUCUGGAAUCCUGCCCUCGUACAGUGGGAGAGCCCCAGGAGCUUGCUGCUCUUCCCAGCAUCUCCCAGUGCCCGGAGCAGCGGGGCAGCUCCAGCUCCCUGUUCGUGGCAGCCGAAGCCCUCUUGCUUUGUUGUGCGGCUCAGUACCACCGAGCUGGCGGCGCUCCCCGGGCAUCAAGCUUCUGCCCCGAGUACGGCCGCGCCUUCUGUCCUCGUCGCAGUGGGCGCCAUACUCGGCUGCCCCGGCAGUGGGGAGCCCCGGCUGGCAGUAGCGCUUCAGACCGGAGUUCCCCGGGGCGGGGCCCGCUGAUCUGGCGAAAGGGUCCGGGGGGCCGGGCAGGCGGACGGGGCACCAAAAUAGACGCUGCCGCUGCGGGCCCGCCGCCUCCCGCGGCUCUUCCAAAGAUGGUCACGGGGCAGCCACGGCCGCGCUCCGCCUGGGUGUAAACGCCGCGCCAGGACUGUGCGGGGCGGGCGGAGGGGCUUGGCGGAGCGGCUUUGUGGUCCGCGGGCGCGGCGAGGUCAAUCCCCGGGGAGCCCUGCGGGCGGCCCCGCUUUUGUGCGCGGGUCAGGGCGAUGGCAGCGGCCGGCCAGGAGGAAUACGCGUACCUCUACGAGGACUCCUCUCACCCCGCCGGCUUCCUGGAGGCGUUCCGAACGUUUUACGUGGACGGGCUGUUCACCGACAUCACCCUACAGUGUGCCUCGGGGGUCAUCUUCCACUGCCACAGAGCCGCCUUAGCAGCUUGCAGCAAUUAUUUUAAGGCCAUGUUCACAGCCGAUAUGAAAGAGAAAUCUAAAAGACAGAUCAGACUUCCCGGGCUCAGCCAUGCGGUACUGGAAGCUCUCGUUAAUUAUGCAUACACAUCGCAGAUCCAGAUAACAAAGAGAAAUGUCCAAAGUCUGCUCCAGGCAGCAGACCUCCUCCAGUUCCUGUCAGUAAAGAAAGCCUGUGAACAGUUUCUGGUGAGGCACUUAGAUACUGACAACUGCAUAGGGAUGCACUCCUUUGCUGAAUAUCAUGAUUGCUCGGAGCUAGAGAAAGAGUCCAGGAGGAUAUUGUUAUGGCAGUUUGAAGAAGUGUGGACUCAGGAAGAGUUUCUGGAUACUGGCAAGGAGAAGCUCUCAUAUAUUCUCUCCAGAGAUAAUCUCAAUAUUUGGAAAGAAGAGGCAGCCAUCGAAGCUGUCGUUAAGUGGAUUGCUCACAAUGUGGAAGAAAGACUUGAAGACAUCUAUGAACUGCUGAGCUGCAUCAGGGUAGACUUCAAUAAUGUGUAUUUGAGGUCGGUUUUAAGCCCACAGAAAAAAUGCCGACUUAAUGAUACUAAGAUAAGGUCACUCAUAUACAGUGCCCUGAACCUCAAUCCCAAAACUCUUUCCAGAAGACCUACAGCAGCCAUGUAUGUGAUCGGAGGAUAUUACUGGCAUCCCUUAUCAGAAGUGCAUGUCUGGGAUCCAUUAACCAACACAUGGGUUCAGGGAACAGAGAUGCCAGAUCAUACCAGAGAGUGUUAUGGGGUCACUAGCUUGGGGUCAGAUAUAUAUGUGACAGGAGGUUAUAGAACGGAGAGCAUCGAAGCCCUUGACACCGUGUGGAUAUAUAAUUGUGAGAGAGAUGAGUGGACAGAAGGCUGCCCCAUGCUUGAUGCAAGGUAUUACCACUGCACCGUUUCCUUGGGUGGCUGCAUCUAUGCGUUGGGUGGAUACCGAAAGGGAGCUCCAGUGCAAGAAGCUGAGUUCUAUGACCCUUUAAAAAAGAAAUGGCUUCCUAUAGCAAACAUGAUCAAAGGUGUUGGGAAUGCCACUGCCUGUGUCCUGCAUGAUGUCAUCUACGUAACGGGAGGUCACUAUGGAUACAGGGGAAGCUGCACCUAUGAUAAAGUCCAGAGAUACCAUUCAGGUAGCAAUGAGUGGAGUAUAGUCACCACAAGUCCGCAUCCAGAAUAUGGAUUGUGCUCGGUUACAUUACAAAACAAGAUCUAUUUUGUGGGUGGACAGACCACGAUCACAGACUGCUAUGACCCAGAGCAAAACAAGUGGAAGCAGAUGGCUCACAUGAUGGAGAGAAGGAUGGAGUGUGGCACGGUGGUUAUGAAUGGAUGCAUUUAUGUGACAGGAGGAUACUCCUAUUCAAAAGGAGCAUAUCUGCAGAGUAUUGAGAAAUACAACCCUGAACAGAAUACAUGGGAAGCAGUAGGGAAUCUUCCCAGCGCUAUGCGGUCGCACGGCUGUGUCUGUGUGUAUAAUGUGUAAACAUUUAAUUUUCAUGUUGCUGUUAAGAAAACAGCAGAUGCAAUAUCCAUAAUGGUACUGAGUGGCUCAUGAA